UCUCUCUGUAUCUGAUACUCUUAGCACACAUUGUUAAAGAUUUAUUUUUAAAAAAUGAGUUCAUCUUCUAAAUCUAUUCCAUUCAAAUCGAAGAAACGGUUAGAGAUGGAUUCGCCGAUUUCGAAACCCAAGACGGAGAACACCAACCCGCCGUCUUCUGUAGCGUUGCCUACUCCGGAGAAUCCGCUUGAGAACAUGCUUAGCAGAUCUAGAAACCGAUCUGUCGCUUUAUCAGUGAAAGAGAUUCGUCAAGCCGCUGGAUCUCGUCGUAGAUCUGAAGAUCCGGUUGCUCCUUCAUCCGCUAAAAGCAAGCUCUUUUUUUCGUCAUCCUCUUCGGCUUCUAAACGAAUUAGUAAGAAUCCUGAGAAAGAGAAGCUUCCGAGAAGUAUGAGAUUCUGGGGAGCUUCUUUGAUGCAUUGGAUAGUUCGAUCUUGUUAUCGAAACUGAGAGGUUCUAAGCCCACAUUUUCAAACAUUUCUGGGAAAAUCGAACAUUUAACCGAGAGGUAUUAUUAAUCUUUUAAUUAGUUCUGAUCUGAAUAAAUAAGACAAAUUUGGUAUUUGCCUUAU